UUGUUAUAAUAAUUAACAAAAAAUAUAAUAAUGUUUUCAAAUAAACAGCAAAUAUUAUUAGUUUUAAUAACAGUUAUUAUAUCAGUUGACGCCACUAUAACUAAGGAACAACUUAUCAUUAAUAUUAACAAACAAUUAAAUGAAACCCAAAAUCAUUUAAAUGAUUUGCAGACCAGAGAUUAUAAACAAUUUGUGCAACAAUUGGCCGAAUAUGUGAUCAAAUUGACGGCAAUGGAGCACAACGUACAGAAAGCCGAUAUUACAACUACUGAUGGACAGGUAGAAAUUGACAUGGCAGCCAUAGCACUGGACAAAUAUGUUGAUAAUAUAGCCGUAAUCAUUGAAAACAGUAACAAACAAAUUGGAUCAGACAAUCGGUUUAUCGGCAAAAAUAUUUUAACUAAUCUUAAUUAUUAUUAUACAAAAUAUAAUUACUUAUUUAAUAGUAGACUUAGUAAAUAUAAUGAUUAUGAAUUAGUUAAAUUAAAUACAACAUUGUUUCGCAAUUUAUUCAUACAAACUAUUGCUAAUUGUGAUACUAUUAAUAAACUGUUAAAUGAAUGGCCACGCAGAGGUUAUCAACAAUAUGCCAAACCAUUGGACCAAUAUGUGGUCAAAUUGAAUGCAUUGAAGAACAUUAUAUCAAAAGCUAAUCCCAAUACUACUGAUGGACAGGUAGUACUUGAUUUGGCUGUUCCUGGAUUUUUAUCAUAA